ACGUCCGCGACUUCCAGGGUAUAUAAUGGACUGAAAAUCUCUCGCAAGUUACCAUCAUGAGACUCCUGACGGUCGCCUUCGUCAUCUACCUGACAAUAGCCAGCACGCAUGCGUUCAAGAAGAAGAAGUUGCUGGCCCUUGCAGCCCUGGGAGCCGGAGGAGCCGGGCUCGGAGGUCUGGGCGGACUCGGCGGUCUUGGACUUCUCGGACUGCACGGCCUGCACCAUUACGGUGGCCACGGAGGCUACGGAGGAGGCUACGGAGGAGGCUACGGAGGAUACGGUGGAUAUGGCGGAUACGGCGGAUACGGUGGCUACGGCGGUUAUGGAGGCUACGGUGGUUAUGGCGGAUACGGAUGGCCAUCCUACGGCGGUUACGGAUGGUGGUAA